UCUGAAUGGAGUAUGGAAAUAGCAGCAUUGAAGCUUUAAAUUUACAAUCCAAAGCUUCUAGUAAGUCUAUGGCUAAGCCAGCAAGGUCAAUAUAACUUUUGGAUCUAAAGGAAAGUCUGAGGAACAGACUGUGUCUACUUUAAACAACACAGCUUCCCAAAAUUCUAAUUCCAAAACAAAUGAGAGUUCAUGGAAUAAUGAAUGUAUUGAGUGAAUACCGAUUAACAAGGAUACUAUUUCAAAGGCGGCAAGAAUGAAGAUGCUCAAAAGUUUCCACCACACUAUAAAGAUCACUGGGUGCAAGCAAAGCAAAUUGAAAGCGCAAUGCUUAAAGGAGAUAAUCAAUGAUGAGAAAUUCAAGGACCUAGUUAAGUUCAAUCAGAAAUCGAAUUUCAGAGAAAAAUUAUUACUUAACAAAAGUACAAGUCCUAAAAGAAGAUUUAAAGCAGUUACCUCAAAUUAUAAAAUUAAAGGGAGAAACAGAGUUACUGUCAACAUGAAUUAUAAAACUUUAAAAAGGCCAAAAUCAAAGAUACUUCAUAUAAGAAACUCGACUGAAGAAAACCGUAAUUUAGAUAAAAUUCAGCCCAGUGUUUCAACUAUUUCUCAUAUAAAGCUAAAUGAGCAUGCCUUGAAAUAAUCUGAAGAAGCAUUGGAGUAAAGAAAUCAAGAAAAUAAAAUAACGAUGAAAAGUAUAGAAGUAGGGAAAGGUCAAUGACCAGACUCAAAUAUCAUCACACUCCUAUCAUUAACAUUAAUACCGGAUAUGGAGGAAUGAAGCCUUCUCGAACAAGAACGAAGGAAAAACUAAAAGGCAAGUUCAGCAUGAAGUAUAAACAAAGCAAAGAGAAGGAGAAAUUUGACCAAGCACGGUUUAAAACGAUGGAUAAGAAAGAGAAGAUCAAGCAUAUUAGAGGCCUAGUCCAAGUUUCUAAUGAAAGCUCUGAGUUACAGAGUAGCAAUAGCAGAAACAUAGAUCACCCAAGCAACUUCCAAAGCAAAUUCAUGAAUUCAGACUUAGACUUAGGACAAUCUAUGCUGGAUGUUGGCACUGAUGUGAGGACUUUCAAGGUGCGGAAGCUAAACUUAUCGAAACUUCAUAAAACUAUUGAGUAAUA